UGUUUGUUGGUCCUCCACACGGAAAUUGCAUAACAGUACACGCACAUAGUGGAGAGAACAGCAGAGUGUCAGUCAGCACGAGCUAUUGUUAGUUUUAACAUUAAAAACGCGAACCUCCAGCUCCGUAUCAACAUGGUGAAUCUCGGUCUGAGUAAAGUGGACGACGCGGUGGCGGCAAAACACCCGUUUUUGCAGAGCUACGCUGCCUGUCAGUCUUUUGCCUUCAUGAAGGGAACUGCGGCCAUCAUGCUGGGUGCCACAGCUUUGUUUACCGUUCAGAAGGCUCUACAGAGGAAACUCCCUUAUCCUCUUCAGUGGAACGUCCUUAUUACAACAGUGGGGUCAUCAGCACUCUGUUAUGCAGUGAGUCGCUGGGAAGCACAGAAAUGCGCAGACCUUUGGAUGCUGCUAGAAACAGGCAAAGUUCCAGACAGAUCGCCGCCACCACCUCCAGUACCUCAAGUAGAAGAAUCACAAGGACCUGCGAAGACAAAAUAUGGAGAUGUGAUGGAAUGAACUUGGUUUCUAAUAAAGUUAUUUAUCUGUACAUACUUCACUGAGUGCUCUUUAGAAAACAUAUAUAGAAAGAGUUUCUGUAUUUAAAUGCAGUGUUCUUCCACCUGUCUUUCUUCUGCACCACAUGUGUGGCUUCUGGAGCUUUUGAAUUUCAUAACAGCAUUAACAUGUGGCUUAAUAGACGGGUUUCCCAAAACAGAGGUCAGGAAUUAGUUCGGGUUUUUAGUAGGAAUCCGCUGUUAAGCUUGUGAUCCCGUAUUAUUACUUGGAUGUGUUGGGUUUGUCAUGCGACAGAAUUAAUGCUGCACUGACAAAACCAACCGCUAGUUGUUGCUGUAGGCCUCAUGGGAGAUUCCAGGAUGUGUAAUGGAGCUCCUUAUGGGUCACUGAGGAGUCAAAGCAGUUUUGGUUUUACAAACUGAUAAUUAAAAUGUCCAUUACAGACAGAAA